UGAGUGGGAGCGCAGUUGCAGGUUAUCCAUCGCCUUGUGCAAGUUGUGUACCGUCACUCUGCCGCCUCUGGGAUCUUCCUUUAUAUAGAUAGAGACUUAACAAACCCAUCUCAUUCAUCUGCGGGUGCAGAUUGUUUUCCUUUUUAUUCUUUUGUGCCCUCUCUCCACUCUGCACCCCCCUGAUUGGGCUUUAUUCAUCCUGUGUGUUUGUGAAGGGGAUUGUUACUGCGCAUCAUUGCAGGAGCCAAAAGGAGGUUUGCCACUGUUCCAUAGGAGACUGCAGGCUGCCCGAGCGUCAUGACAGCAGAGAAGAGUGGGCCUGUUAUAAAUGGUAAACCAGAGGAUGGCAGAGACCCGGACGGGUCCAGUUCCAGCCUUGACAAUGACGGGUACAAUGAGAGGGGCAUGUGGAACAACAAGAUUGAGUUCAUCCUGUCUGUGGCUGGAGAGAUUAUUGGGCUGGGCAACGUUUGGAGGUUCCCUUAUCUCUGCUACAAGAAUGGAGGAGGUGCCUUCUUCGUUCCAUAUGUCAUCUUCUUCGUAUGCUGCGGUAUCCCUGUGUUUUUCCUGGAGACGGCCUUGGGUCAGUUCACAAGCGAAGGAGGCAUCACAUGCUGGAGGAAAGUUUGCCCAUUGUUUGAAGGUAUUGGCUAUGCAACGCAGGUGAUUGAAGCCCAUCUUAACGUGUACUACGUAGUGAUCUUAGCAUGGGCCAUUUUCUACCUCUUCAACUGUUUCACCACUGAGCUGCCGUGGGCCGGAUGUGGCCAUUACUGGAACACAGAAAACUGUGUUGAUUAUUAUGGGGAAAAUGCCACCAACAUUACCAACCCCAAUGUAACGUCGCCAGUCAUUGAGUUCUGGGAACGUAGAGUCCUGAAGAUAUCAGAUGGUAUUGAGCACAUGGGAGGGAUGCGCUGGGAGCUGGCUAUGUGUCUGGCUCUGGCCUGGUUCAUCUGCUACUUCUGCAUCUGGAAGGGACCCAAGUCAACUGGCAAGGUUGUGUAUGUAACAGCCACCUUUCCGUAUUUCAUGCUGCUGAUCCUCCUGAUCAGGGGAGUCACACUGCCUGGAGCUUUUGAUGGCAUCAAGUUCUACCUCUACCCAGACAUUUCACGUCUCUCUGACCCUCAGGUGUGGGUGGAUGCAGGAACCCAAAUUUUCUUUUCCUAUGCCAUCUGCCUGGGCUGUCUCACUGCUCUUGGAAGUUACAAUUCCUACAACAACAACUGCUACAGGGAUUGCAUCAUGCUGUGUUGUCUGAACAGUGGUACCAGCUUUGUGGCAGGUUUUGCCAUCUUCUCUGUACUGGGCUUCAUGGCCUAUGAGCAAAAUGUUCCCAUUGAAGCUGUGGCUGAAUCUGGUCCUGGUCUUGCUUUCAUUGCAUACCCCAAAGCUGUAACUAUGAUGCCUCUGUCUCCACUUUGGGCUUGUCUCUUCUUUAUGAUGCUUAUCUUCCUCGGCUUGGACAGUCAGUUUGUGUGUGUGGAGAGUUUAGUGACAGCUGUUGUUGACAUGUACCCAGAGACCUUCAGAAAGGGCUACCGCAGAGAGCUGCUUAUCCUUUGCAUGUCCAUAGUCUCCUUCCUCAUAGGACUCAUCAUGUGUACAGAGGGAGGAAUGUACGUCUUCCAGCUGUUUGACGCAUAUGCAGCCAGCGGGAUGUGUUUGCUGUUUGUGGCUAUAUUUGAGUCCAUAUGUAUCGGCUGGGUGUAUGGAGCCGACCGAUUCUACCUAAAUAUCGAGGACAUGAUUGGAUACAAACCUUUCUUCUUCAUCAAAUGGUGCUGGAUGAUCCUGACCCCGGGCAUCUGUGCUGGAAUUUUCCUGUUCUUCCUGAUUAAAUACAAACCUUUGAAAUACAACAAUGUGUACACCUAUCCUGACUGGGGCUACGGAAUCGGCUGGUUCAUGGCCAUGUCCUCCAUGGUGUGUAUCCCACUGGGCAUUAUCUGGAUGAUCUGGAAGACUCCUGGAACCUUUUCUGAGAGAAUGAAGAAACUGACCACUCCCAGCCCCGACCUAAAAAUGAGAGGGAAACUUGCUGCCCUCAGUCCUUAUGCUGUCAAUGAUGCCAAACUCAAAGCAGACGGCAAAAUAUCCACCAUUUCAGAGAAGGAGACGCAUUUCUAAUUGACCCGGUGACUGACUGAGCUGCCAGCUGUCUUAAAGGACCAGUCCAACAAAAAUGAAAAUAAUCACAGCAUCACAGGCCACUACACAAAACAGAAAAUGGAACAAAUGACUCAGAUUGCUGUUUUUGUUUUGUAAAGAAAGAGUCUAAGAAAAUUUUGAUGUUGCUCAUAUGUAGUCUGCUUCUGUUUUGCACAACUUUUAAAUAACUAGAUUGUUGUCUUAACAUUCAAGCUAAAGCAGCUGUAUUUUUCAUUUUUAGUCAAUAAUAAUUUUAAGAUGUGUUUGAUUUCAUGGUAAAAUCCUGUCCUGGUAACUUGUCAGUAAUGGUCUCACUUGUCUGUGCCUUUAGGACUAUAACAGCGUGUUAUGUAAGGUUUAUUCUCUACAAUUAUUGGGAAAUUGCUGUGCUCCUAUGUUAGGUACAAGGUAACCAAAUGAGACUAUGAGAGGCCCAUUCUGAAUAUAUAUUCUUGCUCAGUCUACAUGAGGGGACUCCAUACCCCUGCAAGUAAAACUUUUAAUUUACCAUUGUAAUGUAAGAUCUAAGUCUGUGAGGACUCUAAAAAUUUAGGUGUUUUAGGCCAGCAUGAAAGCAAAAAAUCUACUUAACUUCUAAAUAAAUGUCCAUGUUUUUGGGUUUUACAGUAUAACAGAAAGACAAUUAAAACUACUGGAGUUCAAACACAGUAAAAACAAUGUCCUUGCUUAAAAAGAAAAAUCUAUUAUUUUAAACUUUAUGCUACAGUUCUUCACAUGGCUACAAAUAAAUGUUUGUGACUUGCAGGCUGAGUCAAAAAUACACCUUUCUCCUCUAGCCGCCCUCCUUAAAGUUAUGGAUAUCUGUCAUUUCACAGUAAUUAUUCUGAGCCUAACAGAGACUGACAGAUAGGCGUGCCUCCAACCCUGCAUUUUUAUCUCCUGCUCCUCCUGUAAAAAAGGACAUGCAUCAGAUGAGCAUUUCAAACCUCAUCUGUCCCCUUAUUAUCAGUCUUUCUCCUUAUAUUUUUGCUCUUUUGCCCCCAAUGUUCUUCCUUUUCAACCUCAGCUUCUAUUUUCUCUGCCCCUUUCAGUGUUUUCUUCUUUCAUCUAUUCUGCUUCUUUUCCACUCCUUUUCAUCACACAUCUUUAAUUACACUGGUCUCAUAUGCAUGCAAUAUAAUACUUUGCAUUUCAUUACACAUUUAUGCCUCAGCAAUAUUAUUUCUAUUGAUUCUGUUGAAUUCCUCAGACCUUUUUUUCUGAAACCGAGAACCUCAAGGUUUUAAUUUUUUCUGUCUGAGCCGCAGUAAAGGUGAAAGCACUAAGCUUGUCAUCUGUAGUGGGACAAUGAGCUGGUCUCAUUGUUCAAAUAGGUCAAAUAUCCUACGGGCACUCAAAUUUCUUUCACUUUCUGUCUGUCUUGUGUUUUCUGAUGAAAAUGCUACCAGAGGAGAGCAUCUGAGGAAAUUCACAUUCAAAUUCAAAUUCUCACAGUUUUUAGGGGAGGCAAAAGGCAGGUGAAGAAUUAAGGAAUUCACGAGAGGAUGAAAUUUGUGAUCAAGUAGGAAAUGAAAGAAAUUGGGGAAGUGUUUAGUGUUUGAAGCGCCUCCUUUUAGCUGUGACAUUUCCUUGGCAACUAACUGGUCCUUUAGAUGUGGGUGCAUUUCAACUUUAUCAUCUCUUCACUGAUGUUUCUGCAAGGUAGUAGUUGUGUGCAUCCAAAAUUCUAGCGUGCUGUUUAAUACUGAUCACACUUCUGUAAUCAUUGGUUCACUUCUUGACUGAUGAAAAGUGUUUAAAAACAAUUGUUGUAAUAAAAAUACAGUAUUUCAAUUUUUGAUAUGUUCAAAAGAAUCUUUAAUAGAGAUAUGAUGAAAAGUGUUAAAUUCUGCUCCACACACAUUUUGGUAUUCACUGGACGCAUGAACUGUCUGCUUACUCAUUUUUAAAAAUAAAUAUAAAAAAGUAAA